UUAUAAUUUGACGUGGAGUUAUUCACUGUAUUCCUGUCUCUUUACAACCGUACAGUAUUUUUGUAGUCCUUGACAACGUUUAAAGUUUGUAAUUGUAUUUAUUUUCUCGUCGACAUGAAGCACCUUUUGUUCUUUUUCAGUUUUUUCCUGUAUUUCACCUCUGAAGCAGAAGCCCCGAGACCCAGAAAAACUUUGGAAACAUUCUGCACAUUCAAAGAAAAGAGGUACAACCCAGGAGACAGCUGGCACCCCUAUCUUGAGCCCCAUGGCUUCAUGUUCUGCAUACGAUGCACAUGCGCUGAGACUGGCCAUGUGAACUGCAACAGCAUUAAAUGUCCUGUCCUUCAGUGUGAGAAUCCAGUGAUUGAUUCACAGCAGUGCUGUCCGAGAUGUGCAGCUGAACCGAAAAGCCCAGUGGGUCUCAGAGCCCCCCUCAAGUCCUGCCAGUACAACGGGACCAUUUACCAAGCAGGCGAGAUGUUCACCUCGGAUGAAUUGUUCCCUUCUAGACAGCCGAAUCAGUGUGUGCUGUGCAGCUGUUCAAAUGGAAACAUCUUCUGUGGUCUGAGGACUUGUCUGAAGCUGACUUGCUCUACGCCAGUGUCUGUACCAGACACGUGCUGCCAGCUUUGCAAAGACCAUUCAGAUUCUCCUGCCAAUCCCAAAUAUGCAUCAAUGGAAGAAGGGGAACAACUGCAACUGAAUAGAGGCGUUAGGCAUUCUCAGGACCGAUGUUCAGGGGAGCAGAUCAAAACAAGAGCAGUUAGAGCGACCCCAUCAACUCUGAGCAGCACCUCCAGGGGCAUAAACCUCAAAACCUUCUGGCACAAGGGAGCCACCGGGACCACAGUGAAGAUCGUCCUGCAGGAGAAACACAGAAGAGCUUGUGUAUACAGUGGAAAGACGUAUUCCCACGGAGAGGUGUGGCACCCAGUUCUGCGUCCUCACAGGCUCCUGGAGUGCAUCUUGUGCACAUGUAAGGAUGGCAAACAGGAGUGCAGGAAGAUCACUUGCCCCAGCGAAUAUCCCUGCCAGUUCCCGGAGAAGCCUGAAGGGAAGUGCUGUAAGACAUGUCCAGAAACAAAAGAAGAAACAAACAGGACACAGUGCCUCCAAGCAUACAGUAAUAACCUGUUGGUUUAUAAAGUUGCAUCCCCAUCAGAGUCUAAUACAGACAGCACUGUUAGAAAAAUCGCCAUUGAAAGAGAAGGAGCUGUGGAUAUCGAGAUAUAUGUCUGGAAGACUGUAGAAGGAAUACUGCAAUUAAUGGAAGUUCAGACGCUUCAGAAGAAGGAAUUUGCAGAACAACCAGAAAACUUCAUAUUGGUGACCAGGCUAGAUGAGGGUAGAGACUUGGAAAAAGUUCCGGGAACAAGAAGCCAAGAUAAAGGAAGCCACGGAUAGCAGAAUGUGUGAUGAAGGAAUUAAGGAAGUUGCGAAGUUUUUACACCCAGAGAAACUGGACAGACUGUGUGCCACUUAACUCUCCGGAUUAAACAGCACUCAGUGAACAAGGAACUCUUUUACUACUGCCUUCCAUUAUCACCAUGCCAGUACGAUACCACACUACAAACCCUUGUAUCAAGAGAAGAAAACAGCUUCUGUACAUAUUGCAGUUAGUUCUGUUUAGGCACUUGAGCUGCAGGCUAAAAAAGAAUCACACACAAAAUGUUCAGACAGGGUAGGGCUGUUCUUUUACUGUACCUGGGUUACCGUCUAGCUAAACAGGGACUCAAUUGAAUGUGCAUCAACAUAUGCAGAUAUAUUAACUUGUAGUGGAUAACUUGAGAAGGGAGCCAUACUUAUUGUAACUGAAAAGUAAUGCACUAUAGGGUUGAGGUGGGAACUUAAACAGCAGUCUGUUAUUGUCCAACAGUAUUGAUAAAAAUGUAAUAAAAUACUGGCUAUAUUAUGAA